UGGACAUCUUGGAUGACAUGGGGAUACGGACAGGAUUAAACAGACACAACAGCUUAUACAUGUAUCUCCUAAGGGAACAUAAAUGCAGUCUUACAAGGACAACAAAAUGACUUUGUCCGUGCUACCUUGAGGCAAAGGAACUUAGGAUGGGCAAGUUGGGAAUUGUUGUGAUUUUGCUUUUACUGGAACAAGUAUCAGCCAUUGCUGAAGCGAGCAAAAAAGAGGACCAGAAGGAGGCGAUUUUGAAAGAGCUUGUUGAGAUAUGGAGGAAAGGUGGAGGAUGGAACCCACACAGAGUACAGCCACCAGUAGAAAUACAAAAGGAUCAACAAAUUCAUUCCAUAGUGAGGAGCAUUAUGGGAGGUCUCAAGUCUCUAGGUGUCCUGCCAAGGAAAAGCACGAGUCUCCCAUCUUUAAACAAAGCCUUCGAUCGAAACAGGUUGUCAGGAUUCCUUUAUAACAUCUCCAUGUAUCUGCAAGAGAUGAGCGCAGAGAUAGAUGAUCGUCAGCAAGCUUUUAGUGACGACCAGUUUUGGGAGAACCUGCUCUAUUCUCUUCUUCAGACUGGAAGGGAAACAUCUCUUGGAAUAUGGGAUGGGAAAAGUCCCCCGAGACCCACUUUCAGACUCCAGGAUCUGUUUCUUUCGCUCAGGGGCAGCCCACAUUGGGAUGGACUUCUUGGGUUGGUACAGAGCAUUUUGACCCUCACUGAACGGCAGCCUCAAAAACCCAUCUUGACUUUUGUUUCUCAGAAUUGGAAGACCAUCAGCGCCUUGCUUGAAACUGUCCUUCAAGCCAUGGUCAGUGGGACGUAUGGCCAGGCCGUCGCAGGUCUCCAGGGUUUCAUCUGUGUCCUGAAAGGACGAAAUGAUUGUGGCUUUAACCUAAGCUGGCUUGAGCAGCUCAUCAGCUUUAUGGAGACCAGGAACUGGAAACCUGUGGUCAGUCUACACCCUGUGAGUGUGGAAAACAACCAAAGAGAUUCCACACUCUCCACGGGGCGUUUUAAACCCUUCUUCGUGCCACCCGAGGUGCUUCGUGAGGAGCAGCUCUUGUUGAACAAGUCGGGCACUGAUUCAGAGAGCCUUGCUUCUAUGCAGGCGCUGCUUCUUCAGGCUUUGUCAAGGUCAAACGCAGGAGAAAGGGCGGCACAGUUCGCGGAGCGUAAUCCCGCCUUCCUGCAGGGCUUGGAUAACCUCAGACAUGGAUUUAUGCACAAUGUUGGCCGCAGUGUGUAUAGUAAUCUGAGAAGAAAAGUGUCACAUAUGACCAAGGCACUGCUGGAUGAUGUAAGCAUCAUGGUGGGCGAAUCACAGUACAGUCAUCAUGGAAGAUGUUCCGUAGGUGACCUCAGGCAGCUAAUAUUGUGGGGAAUUAGACAUAACUUAACAUGGAACGCUCAAGCGAUGGGUUUCAGGUCAGAUGGUUUACCCAGAAUGCCGUCUCUCAUGACCUGCCCCUCGCCAGAAGAGGAAACAAGGACUUUGAAAAGGCCUAAACUUCACAAAUCCCAGCUAAAAGUCCAUGAGAAGAGUGAUUCAAACCCCUCACCCUCAGCAGAGAUUCUAGAAGCUGCCUGUAAUGCCUCUAUCCCUGGUCUCACGGGGGUCUCAAAUUUUACCGUCUUCCUCUACUGCAAUCUUUUUGAUGGAGUGGGGGGCUCAGAGGACUCUGAAGUCAACCAUUAUGGGGUAGACCUGCACGCGACUUGCUCCGAUGCUGCUUGGUACCUCUCGGCAGCUGAGGAAGAUUUUCUUUGGGCUCACGUUUGCAGCGAAUUCUUCACUCACGAAUUUAACAAAACAGUGUGUGCCAACUCUACAUUCUGGCUGCAACAUGCACAUCAGGUAGAAUCUACACAGGAUUACCAUUACCUCAACCAGUCAAGUAUUGAUGACCUCUGUCUUCAGCUCUCCAAUGAUGUUUCUGGGGGAUCUCCUCCAGACGCCACUGAGGAUUGCUUAUCAUUGCUAAGCAGCAAAACUCUAACUGCCCAGGAUUUUAGAAGAUGCUUUCUGCCCAAUAACACAGCCCUUAUUGCCUCUUUGUGCGGAAAUGAGUCAUCUCAAAUGCCACAAGAUGGGAGCUGGGCGGCGGAGUACUGCUCCAAAGUCCCUAAUCACUCCUAUGGUGUCCACGUAGACAACUGUGACUACUCAAACUGGAAGGCAGAGCAAUUUAUGAACUUCACCGCCCUUGAACUUUGCAGCAGUAAAGCUGGUUUGAAGGACUCCAUUUGCAAAAACACCACACUGUACCUCACAUUAGUUCUAAAGCUGCCUUCGCUCUUAGACUACUGUUUGAACUCUGAAGAAACACAGGGCGCCAAGUGUGUCCUCCAGAAGCUGUUUGACAUGCUGCCAGCGCCAUAUGACUUUGACACUUCUCAACUUUGUGUGAACCCAUUUCCCGUUCUACAAGAAGCCAUUCAUAAGCUCACUCUAUGCGAAGGAGUUAUGGAUGAACGCACGGGUUGGUUGGCUACAGUAAGCUACGUGCUUCGAGUGUUAGACUUUGUUGUAGGGCUCUCAGGGGGUUUGGAGGAGGGAGAACAGGAGGUGCGUCAGGGUCUGGGUCAGGCCAUUCUUCUGUCCAGUCUCCAGGACAAUGCUUCCUUCUGGGCCACUCUACGGCCAGACGCAUCCUUAAGUGUACUUCACACUGUUGCCGUCUACCUGAAGAGAGAGCAAAACUCUACCUUAAAAGAAGACCUUUUAAGCUGUUUCAGUCAGCCUGUCCUGUGGGAUCUUAUUCAGAGAGGAGGCAACUCUACUGCUUUACGAUUUUUAAUGCAGGAGUACCUACAGAUGCCUAGAGAGAGUAUUCGCAGUGUAGUUCUGUCGGCAGAAAAAGAUGCUGUGAAAAGAUUCCUUUCCCAAGUUCAUCAGAGUUGGGAUCAACUUCAUGUGGAAACUAUACAGGUCUCUCCAAAAGAACAAGAGGCCAUGGAAACCAUGACAGCUGCUUUCAUUCACAAGUUUCCACGUGUCACACCAGAGCUUUUCAUCGACCUUUCCCAAUUUAUACCAUACAUGUCUGUCUCUGACAUUAUGACCUUCCCCGCCUCUCUCAUGGUCAAUGAAAGUGUACUGAUGGCUAUUAGGGAUCACAGCUCUGAGAUGAAGUCUCCACAAAAACAAGCCUUCGUAAAGCGCCUGCUGCAGUCCAGCGAAGCUGGAGAUGUCCCAACAUGGCCUCCAUACUUCCUCAGCUCCAUUCUACCCUUACUUCCACAUCUCCCAGUCAGUCACUUCCAGCAGCUCACAUCUCAACAACUCACGCCUUUAAUGGAGAUGCUGGGGAACAGCAGUUUGGAUGCCACAAGGGGGCACCAUGUACUUCGUUCUGUCUUUGGCAGGGGGAAGAACCUGACGAGUGACAACAUAAUGAGAUUAGGAGUUCUUGUAUGUUACCUUGACUCUGAGGACUUGCAGCAGCUAUUGUCUUCAUCAAAUCUCUCACCCAUCCUGUGGCAGCAGCUGGCUCAGUGUGUGUCAGAGGGACACGUCAGUGGAAGUGGAAGACUGUCACACUGGCUUGGAAUGGCCCUUAAAUCUUUAAAUGCCAGCAUCUUAUCAGCUUCGGCAAUGGCCUCGUUACAUGGUUUGCUGCCACAAAUGGGCGCGACAUUUUUGGACCCGCUGUCCUCAAGCGAGCUGUUGGAUCUGGUAACUCAGCCAGGCAUGCCUACUUUUCCACCUGCACAGGCAUUCCAGAUACUGAACAAAAUAGCAGAAGAAACAAAAUUCAGUGCCAACACACUGUGCAGAUUGAAGCCAUUGUUCCUGGGUCUGGGGCCUUCUUUUUUGAGAAAGUUGGUUGUAACCGAGUCUACACCUGAUUGUCGGUGUUGGAGUUCACUGCUGUCUGACCUGCAACCUGCUCAUCAAGCGAUGGUCCAUUUUGCACUCCAACAGGCUCUGGAACGCACAUCUGCACAUAUAACACAGCAACUGCAAUGUCUUCUUCCAUUCGUCUCCUUGAAGAAAUUAAUGUCAGAUCUAAAUGGAGAGACAGUUCUUCAACACAUACGUCUGUAUAAGCAUAUGCCCUGGUCUCAUCAACAGGCUCAAAUGCUGUUCAAAAUGAUUCAGCGGACCGUAAACAUCACAAGAGAGACACUACUAGAUUUAGGUCGUAUUGCAGGUGGCAUGAGCUGUGACUGGCUGAAGCUAUGGGUGAAUGAGUCAGGCUUCUCCGAAUUGUUGCAGUUCCUCACUAAAUUGCCAGGAGGACUUCGAUCUGGUUUGAGGAAAUGCAUUGUGGGGGAGCUACGGAAACAGCCUGAUAUUGAUCUAAAUGAUUUGGACCCUUCAUUUGCUGCAAGAUUACCGUCGACCAUGAUGGAGCACCUGUCUAACUCCUCAUUCUUAAGUGUUCUAGACUAUGUUCAACAACACUUUAUUGAGUUUCUGCAACUACCACGACACAAGCAAACGGCCUUAGCAGAGAAAGCUAUCGAUGUUCUCGGCAUCUCUGAAGAUGGUCUCACUGGGUCCUUCAUGGACAUGCUCGGCCCUCUUCUGGCGUUCCUGGACAGUGAUGUGUUAUCUCAUAUAGACAGAGAGGCCCUGAAACUACAACUGGGCGAGCUAAAACAAUAUUGCUUUCCCUCUGACACCUUCAGAGAAAUAUCAGCUUUACUUACAGAGAGGAGCAUGCUGGGAGAACCGAAAACAUGGACAGUUGGGGAUGUUGAGCAUGUGGGAAGACUUCUGUUCACCCUUUCACCUCAACAGAUAAAAUCCCUACCACUGGCUGAUUUAGGUAGAGACACAGUUGAACAGGUUCUGAUGAGCCAGUGGGUUUGGAAAAACAGUGAAGUGGGAAAGGCUUGUUUGGACCUGAAAGGACUACGAGAAAAGAUGAACGGUCUCAUCCGCAGGAUCAUUAAAGGUCGAUGGUGGAUGAGAAGGGGGCCCAUCCCAAGCUGUGCAGACAUUAAAGGGACAUUUCCCUCGGCCUGGAGGUCCUAUCAGCUGAAUCGAAUGAAGAGGAGGGAGCUGAAGACCUGUGUUGAGUUCAUUGGUCAGGAUGACACACUUGACGCAGAACAACGUGAAGCACUUUGGAUGGAACUCAGACCAGUGUAUAAACCAGUGAAGCAGCUUAAACCAGAGCAGGUGUUGGAACUGGGUUGCAUAGUGACCGAGAUGGGGGAAAGAGAGCUACAGGCUGUCAACAUGUCCAGUCUGGCGGUGGUGGCCCAUCUUGGAGACCUCAAUGAGUGGAGCACAAAGAAAAUGAGAGCAGUUGUCCUUGGCAUAAUGAAGCGACUUAAACGGAAGCCUGAAGAACUUGAUGUGGUGGAGCUUGUUUCUCUUGGACAUCUACUUUGUGGCUUCAGUGUCUCUGAAAUUUCCCAUCUAGAUCCUUUCAACCUAAGUGUGGCCGCUUUGUUUCUGAGGGAGAUUGUACUGCCAUGUUCCGAGCAACAGACCGGGGCGCUGACGUCACGCCUAUCCAAUCCUCUGGGCUUCGGUCCAGUCAGCGGCUGGGGCUCUGAGGUCUUCACUGAGAUUGGGACUUUGGCAGCUGGUCUGGAAGAUAUGGUAUUGUCUGCACUUAUAAAAGAGCAAGUCGAAGGACUGACGCCAACAGCAAUAAGCUUAAUACCUCCAAGAAAACUGGCUGUGGUAUUCAGUGCCACGCAGCUGUCUUGGCUGAGCUCUGAACAAGCGUGUGCCGUGACAGAGGAGCAGUGGGCAGAAUUAGACAGUGAACAAAGGCAAGCACUUGGCAUGGCCCAGUAUGAAGGCGAACUCAUGCUUGAGCACAGAGGCAGGAACCAGGCUCCAUCGUUAUGGUUUGCCAGCAGCUUUACAAAAUGUUUAUUACUUCUUGUCUGCACAUUGUGGAUUCUAUUAUAAAGAUUAUAACCUA